AUGGGAUUGGAACGGACAAAAGUGGUGGAAAAUGAGCUGCGAGUUGACCUGAAUCCAGUAGCAGAGUCUGAAGCAGAACCUCAAAUUUCCCAAGCUGAGCCUAUAGAACAUAAAAAAUCCAGAAAAAAGCAGACAGAUGAAGAAUAUUUAGCUCAGAAGCGUCAGUUUUUUGAAGAGGGCCCCACGAUAAAUAGCGACAAUUGGUUAUUAGAUGAAGAGGUUCUAAAGAGAUCAAAUAACCUUAAGAAGAGCGACAGGGUAAAACUUUUGAAUGCUUGUGAGAGGGCAUACUACUUGAAAGACUACAUCAAAUGCCUAGAAUUGGUGAAGAUUGCAGAAAAGGUAUUUGGCGUUGAAUUAGACGAUGAUGAGAAGCUGAAGUUGAAAGAAGAUUUUGAGACCUCUGGUAAGAAGGUUAAGAAGAGUGCUAAAAUUGAGAAACACAUAAUAGAAUUGAUAAAUAUUAAGGAGCAUGCUCAAAAAAAGUUGCAAACUUGA